UUGCAGUUAGUCUUCUUAAACUUCUCAAAGCCUGCAAGAUGCAGUACACGCAGCUCCUGAGAGUUUUGUGCUCCUUCGUGAUUAUGUCGUGUGUGGCAGUCCUUGUGCUCGGUGACUCGGAAUGCAAUACGUGUCUACCAAACCAGGUCAAGUGCCUGAACGAGACCCACUUUAGUUUUUGCGGGAACAACGUUUCUCCGGAUCAGGUGAUGCAGUGUCCCGAUGGUCAGGUGUGCACCAGCCUUCUGAAGAUCUGCUUGCCCAAGGGAUCGAAUGCAGGUGCCUGCACUCCAGAUGCCGAAGUAUCGUGUCCAUCCUGCAGUGGAUCAAAACUAUUCGUCUGCACCAGUCGCACCACCUUCCAAAUGUGCGAUGGAGGCAAGCUCACCGGCCAGGUAACCAAGUGCAAGGAUAACACUUUCUGCUCCAUGAAAUCCAAUAAAUUCUGUGUGGAUCGGUGUGAAAUAACAAAAUCAGUGGAUGGAUUCGAGUGCGACAGAGAGGCACCUUUGGAUGCAUGAAAAAAUAUAGCACUCCAAAAAUACUAAAAGGUUGAAAUAAAAGUUGUUUAACUAUUUGCAGUGAAGAAUAA